AUGAGGAGAAUGGAGCAGAAGGCUGCUCGCUCGUCCGGAGCCGGCCACAGCGGCAGCGGCACCGGCACGGGCAGCAGAGGCGAGAGGCAGCGUCCGAUGCUCCUGCCCGCUUUGCUGCUGUGCUGGUGCUCUCGAGCGGCGCCGGAGCGGCACCGCUACACCAUUCCCGAGGAACUGGCCAGAGGUUCGCUGGUGGGACAGCUGGCGCGGGAUCUGGGGCUGAGCCCGGCAGAGCUGCCGGCACGCAAACUGCGGCUGAGUGCCGAGAAGCAAUACUUUACCGUGAGCGGGGAGAACGGGAACCUGUACGUGAGCGAGAGGCUGGACCGGGAGGAAAUGUGCGGCGAGUCGGCGACCUGCUCCGUCAGCUUCGAGGCGGUGGUGCAGAACCCGCUUAAUGUUUUCCACGUCGACGUGGCCAUCCAGGACGUGAACGACAACGCGCCACGGUUUCUUAAGGAGACUAUUCAGUUAGAAAUAAUUGAAUCCACACCUCCCGGCACUCGAUUUUACUUGGGAGUUGCUGAGGACGAGGACGUGGGUAGUAACUCGCUGCAGGGCUACAAGCUGGAGGAUAACGAGUACUUCGCGGUGGAGGUGAAGGAGAGCAAGGACAGAAGAAAGUUCGCAGAGCUGAUGCUGCGCCGGGCGUUGGACCGAGAGAGAGAGCAGAGCCUGAGACUGGUGCUGACGGCGGUGGACGGCGGAGACCCGUCCCGGAGCGGCACCGCCCAGCUCUGCAUCAACGUCACCGAUGCCAACGACAACGCCCCCGUGUUCGCGCAGGACCGUUAUCGGGUGAGCUUGCGGGAGGAUGCACUGCCGGGAUCGACUGUGCUGAACGUGUCAGCCUUCGACGCCGACUCAGGCAGCAACGCCCGCAUCACGUACGGCUUCGGGGAAACACCGGACAAGGUGCUUCAAAAGUUCAUGGUGGAUACGGAGAGUGGGAGGAUCACGCUGCAGGAGGCACUGGACUUUGAGGACACGCGUGGCUACACUCUGCUAGUGGAAGCGAGGGACGGGGGCGGUUUGUUGGCUCACUGCGAGGUAGAGGUUGAGGUGCUGGACGUGAACGACAACGCGCCGGAAAUCACGGUGCUGUCAGUGUCGAGCCCAGUGCACGAGGACGCGCCAAUCGGCACUGUGGUGGCCCUGCUAAAUGUUAAAGACCCGGACUCUGGGGAGAACGGUCAGGUGUGGUGCGAUCUGUCAGGCGAGGCGCCGCUGUCGCUCGUGGCGUCGUCGGGCGGCUCGUACAAGGUGGUGACGGUGAGCGCGCUGGACCGGGAACAGGCGUCCGAGCACCGGGUGACGGUGGUGGCGAGGGACCGGGGCAGCCCGGCGCUCUCGAGCAGCACGGUGCUAGUGCUGGAGGUGUCGGACGUGAACGACAACGCGCCGGUGUUCGAGGAGGCCGCCUACAGCGCCUACGUGGCGGAGAACAACGCGGCGGGCGAGCUGGUGCUGCGCGUGAGCGCGCGAGACGCGGACGCAGGCAGCAACGGGCGCGUGAGGUACUCGCUGGAGGGCGGCAGCGCGGGCGCGGCGCCGUACGUGUCGGUGGAUGCGCAGAGCGGCGCAGUGUACGCGCAGCGCUCCUUGGACUACGAGCAGUGCCGCGAGUUCGCGGUGGUGGUGCGGGCGCAGGACAGCGGGGUACCUGCGCGGAGUUCGACGGCGACGGUGCGCGUCUUCGUGUUGGACCGCAACGACAACGCACCGCGGGUGCUGUGGCCGGCGCUGGCGGGCUCGGGGAGAGACUCGGGGGCUGCCACGGCCGCGGUCCCUUUUGAGAUGGUGCCGAGGACGGCCGAGGCCGGGUACCUGGUGGCCAAGGUGGUGGCGGUGGACGCGGAUGCGGGGCGCAACGCCUGGCUGUCGUACGAGCUGGUGCAGGCUUCGGAGCCGGCGCUGUUCCGCGUGGGGCUGCACAGCGGCGAGGUGCGCACGGCGCGGGCCGUGUCGGAGAGGGACGCGGCGAAGCAGAGGCUCGUGGCCGUGGUGAAGGACCACGGGCAGCCGGCGUUGUCGGCCACGGCCACGCUGCACGUGGUGCUGGCCGAGAGCUUGCAGGAGGCGCUGCCGGAGCUGAGUGAACGGGCGGCGAGCGUCGAUUCGGCGGCGGAGCUGCAGUUCUCCCUCGUGCUGGCGCUGGCUCUCCUGUCCGCUCUCUUCCUGCUAAGCGUGGCGCUGGCCGUGCUGGCAAGGGGCCGCCGUGCCGGGCCGCCCGCUGUGCUGCACUGCCUGAGUGCGCAGCGCUUCUCCGGGACCGCUGGCGCCGCCUUCCCUGCCGACUUCUGCGAGGGCACCUUGCCCUACUCCUACAACCUGUGCGUGGCGCCCGGGCGCGCCGUCGCCGAGACCGUUUGGCCACCGCCGCCGCUUCCCAGCCUGCCCGCGGAGGAGCUUCUCUGCAGUGAGUCAUGCGGGGAGCGAAGCCUGGUCAGCAGCGCCGUCGUGGGAAAACCGCCAGUGGAUCCCGACGUACAGCAGGUCUUUGCUGCUUUUGCCUAUUUUACCAGGAUAGUCCUCUACCCAUCCUGA